AUGGCGCAAAGUGGAGUUGAUCUGCAUCAAGAAAGAUUGUGCUGUUCCAUCUGUCAGGAUCUGCUAAAGGAUCCGGUGACUAUUCCCUGUGGACACAACUACUGCAUGAAGUGUAUUCAAGGAUUCUGGGAUGAAGAGGAGAAAAUUCACAGCUGUCCUCAGUGUAGGAAGAACUUCAUGCCGAGACCUGUUCUGGUGAAAAACACCAUGUUAGCAGAUUUGAUAGAGGAACUGAAGAAGACUGGAGUCCAAGCUGCUCCUGCUGAUCACUGCUAUGCUGGACCUGAAGAUGUGUCCUGUGAUUUCUGCUCUGGAAGAAAACUGAAAGCCAUCAAGUCCUGUUUGAUCUGUCUGGCUUCUUACUGUGAGAAACACCUUCAACCUCAUUUGGAUGAAGCUGCAUUCAAGAAACACAAGCUGGUGGAACCCUCCAAGAACCUGCAGGAGAACAUCUGCUCCAUUCAUGAUGAGGUGAUGAAGAUGUUCUGUCGUACUGAUCAGAAGUGUAUCUGUUAUCUCUGCUCUGUGGAUGAACAUAGAGGACACAACACAGUCUCAGCUGCAGCAGAAAGGACUGAGAGGCAGAGAGAUCUGGAGGAGAGUCAACAACAAAUCCAGCAGAGAAUCCAGGACAGAGAGAAAGAGGUGAAGCUGCUUCAACAGGAGGUGGAGGCCAUCAAUCACUCUGCUGAUCAAACCGUGAAGGACAGUGAGAAGAUCUUCACUCAGAUGAUCCGUCUCAUCCAGAAAAGAAGCUGUGAUGUAAAGAAACAAAUCCGAUCCCAGCGGCAAACAGAAGUGAGUCGAGUCAAAGAUCUUCAGGAGGAGCUGGAGCAGGAGAUCACUGAGCUGAAGAGGAGAGACGCUGAGCUGAAGCAGCUCUCACUCACAGAGGAUCACAGCCAGUUUCUGCUCAACUACCCCUCACUGCCACCACUCAGUGAGUCCACACACUCAUCCAGCAUCAAUGUCCGUCCUCUGAGAUACUUUGAGGAGGUGACAGCAGCUGUGUCAAAGCUCAGAGACAAACUGCAAGAACUUCUGAGAGAGGAAUGGACAAACAUCUCAGCGACAGUCACUCAUGUGGAUGUUUUACUGCCAGAACCAGAACCAAAGAGCAGAGAUGGCUUCUUAAAAUAUUCACGUCAAAUCUCACUGGAUCCAAACACAGCACACAGACAACUGUUACUGUCAGAGAACAGAAAGGUGAUGUUUAUGGAACGACCUCAGUCUUAUUCUGAUCAUCCAGACAGAUUUACUCAAUAUUAUCAGGUUCUGAGUAGAGAGAGUCUGACUGGACGUUGUUACUUCGAGGUGGAGUGGAGAGAAAAAGUUGAUGUAGCAGUCACAUACAAGAACAUCAGUAGAUCUGGAAAUGAAAGUGGAUUUGGUUUUAACAAUCAGUCGUGGGUAUUGAGUUGUUCUACAAAUAGUUUAGCAUGUUUCCACAACAGCAUUCAAACUCCCAUCUCAGCUCCUGGUUCCUCCAGAGUAGGAGUGUACCUGGAUCACAGAGCAGGUGUUCUGUCCUUCUAUAGCGUCUCUGAAAGCAUGACUCUCCUCCACAGAGUCCAGACCACAUUCACUCAGCCGCUCCAUGCUGGAGUGUGGUUGUAUAAAACUGGAGUCUCAGCAGAGUUCUGUACACUCAAAUAGUUCUUGAAAGAAGGGAAAUGUUUGUUUUUAGUGACUUCUCUGUUUUCAGUCAUUUUGUACAAAACUAUUUUUCAGUUAAUAUUCUGUGGAGUCGUGUUUGUGUAAACUUUUUGGAGUAAAAUCUGUUUUCUUGUUUCUUUGAACUUUGUGAUUUUACUGUUUUGAAUUCGAAUUUCUCACAAAUGUGUUCAUAUUUUUGUGUUGUUGUCAUGUGAACUGAAGGAAACUGCAACUCAAAUAGAAUCAGUGACAUCACAAUCAAAGACUUUCUCUGUGAUUGUUCUACACACAAACUACAAGAAAACAGACUGAAGGAGAAGAUUGUGUUUAUUGAAAGAAGAACAUUCUGUUGAGUGAAUAAUUUUCAGUUAUAAGGUUGGUGAGAUUUUUUCCUGUUUGUGACAGCUUCGAAUCAUAGAGGAGUUUUUUCACUUUCAGUUCUUCUUCAAUAAAUUCUCUGUAAAAUGAAUA